UCAAGUAGGUCAGCAUUUUGUCACACAACUGUUGACAUUUUUUUUUUUUUUUUCUACACAGGUGCUGUCACACCAAUGGAAAUGGAAAACACCACUGUUCCCUUUUACUUUAACUUCACCAUGUUUGUGAUCAUUGGACACUACCGCUAUCUAGCCUUUACCUUUUGCCUCCUGCUCUACAGCUUUAUGGUCUCUGCUAAUCUUCUCAUACUUAUGGUGAUAUUACAACAGAGGACACUUCAUGAGCCCAUGUACAUGUUCAUUGCUUUGUUAUCUAUUAACGCCUUGUAUGGCUCUGCCGGUUUCUUCCCCAGAUUCCUCAUGGACCUCCUGUCUGACACUCAUUUAAUUUCACGUCCUGCUUGCUUCACUCAGAUCUAUGUUGUUUACACAUAUGGUUCGUAUGAACUGACCAUUCUCACCAUUAUGGCAUAUGAUCGAUAUGUUGCUGUGUGUCAUCCUUUACACUAUCACAGAAAGAUGUCUAGGAAAACCGUCUACAGAUUGGCAAUUUUUGCUUGGGCCUAUCCAACCUGCAACCUCACAAUAAUCAUUAUUAUGGUUGUCAGACUUCCUUUAUGUGGUAAUGACAUACAAAAAGUAUUCUGUGCUAGCUGGAGUGUGGUCAAAUUAGCGUGCAUUUCCACUUCUGUCAACAAUGCCAUGGGCAUGCUCAUGGCCAUAAUUACAGUUUUCUUUUCCUUUUUCUAUAUCCUCUACACAUAUUUACGGAUUGUACUGAUCUGCUGUAAAAAGUCAGCAGAAUUCAAUGUUAAGGUGUUACAGAGCUGUCUGCCACACAUGGUCUCAUUUGGGGUUUAUUCCAUCAUAGGUUUUUGUGAAAUUGUCCUGAUUCGGUCCAACGCUGAAGACCUGAAUCCAUUAGCAGCUGUAAUUCUAUCACUGGAAUUUGUUGUCAUUCCUCCCAUUCUGAAUCCUCUCAUUUAUGGUCUUAAAUUACCAGAAAUUAGAAGACACAUUUUAACGUUGUUAUUGUAUAAAAGAUGA